AUGCUGCCUCCCAGGGCCCUGCCCAGCCUGGCCUGGAUGCUGCUCUCCUGCCUGAUGCUCAUGUCCCAGGUCCAAGGUGAAGACCCCCAGAAUGAAGAUGCCUCUCCACGGAUCAGCUGUCCCAGGGGCUCCAAGGCCUAUGCCUCCCACUGCUAUGCCUUGUUUACAUCACCAAAAACCUGGAUGGAUGCAGAUGUGGCAUGCCAGAAGCAGCCCUCUGGCCACCUGGUGUCUGUGCUGAGUGCAUCUGAGGGAUCCUUCGUGUCCUCUCUGGUCAGAAGCACUGGGAACAGCAACUCAUACAUCUGGAUUGGGCUGCACGACCCCACAGAGGGCGCUCAGGCAAAUGGGGAUGGAUGGGAAUGGGCUAACUUUGAUGUGCUCAACUACGUGGCCUGGGAGAACAAUCCUCCUACUAACCCAAAUCCUGGAUACUGUGGGAGCCUGUCCAGAAGCACAGGAUUUCUAAAGUGGAAAGAUUAUAAAUGUGAUAUGAAGUUACCCUAUGUCUGCAAGUUCAAGGACUAG